UCGGCAACACUGAAUAAAUUUAUACGGUGAAAAAUGGACGAUCUCUAUUCGUUUGGCAAAACAAAAUACAUACCCGCUGACCCAAUAAAUCGUUCGAUUUUUCGAAUUGUAAAAAAUGUUUUGCUCGUUUUUUUUGCAGCUUUAAAGUGCACCGUUUUGGGAGUCUUCAUCAUAAUCAAAGCUAUCAUAUUGUUUGUGAUACCGAAAUUCGCGAAAGAUAUUCAAAAUCAAGUGGCUUUGGUGACUGGAGGAGCAAAUGGAAUCGGACGGGCGAUUUGUAUUGAAUUGGCAAAAUGUGGUUGUAAUGUUGCCGUUGCAGAUGUGGAUUUGGAUGGAGCCCUGGACACAGUAGAGGAGCUACAUUUAUUGGGUGUAAAAGCAUUCGCAUACGAAGUUGAUGUAGCAAACUUCGAGGAAAUUGUUGUACUCAAAGAAAAAAUAGCAGUGGAUCUAGGUGAAGUUGAUAUUCUAGUGAAUAAUGCAGGUUUGUUACCAAGGCUUUCCUUGCUUCAGUGCAAUCCAGAGGACAUUUUGCGAAUAAUAAAAGUAAAUUUGGUCAGUUACUUUUGGACAAUUCGUGUUUUUGUUCCAUCCAUGAUCGAAAGAAAUAGCGGGCAUAUUGUUUCAAUUGAUUCAAUAAUGGGCCAAGAAUCGACCUGUCGUGCAAUUACCUAUUCAUCGACGAAAUUUGGAAUUCGUGGUCUAAUGGAUGGCCUUUACGACUUGAUUCGUUUGGAUAACCUUAAUCUAAAUGUAACAACAAUUUUUCCUACAUUGACAAACACACGAAAGGAAUUUAUCGAAUCGUUCAUUUCACAUGGCGGUUUAAAUCCAGCCUCCGAAUUAACUUUUUAUACGCCACAGGAAGUGGCCAAUUGUGCUAUUGAUGGCAUCUUGAAAAACAAGCAAUACGUAUCGAUACCGCAAUUCAUGAAACACAUGAUCACAUUCCUCAACCUUUUGCCAGAAGAACUUCAAAACCUCAUUCGCGACAAUUUCAAACCAAAUGUUGGACCUGGGGUAAAUGAAUCAAAACUGGCAACACCACCACCAUAUAUGAACGGCACCAAAUGAUGAAAACUAAAUUAUUGAUGGAAACAAACAAAAUGCGAAAAAGAAAAGAUAUA